AUGGUCCAGUUCUCCGAGGAAACCAAGGAGCGUAUCUCCAAGGUCAUUGACGUCUCCAGAGUUGCCAUUCACUAUGGAUACCUGCCGUUGAUUGUCUAUCUCGGUUACACUUACAGUGAACCCAAGCCUUCUCUGUUCAAGCUGUUCUCGCCUCUCGCCUAGAGGAAUGAGUUGCUUCAGAAUACGGAAACGAUGAAUGUCCAUCCACCAGACACAUGCAACUCCUGAAGUCUCACUCUGCAAUUAGACAGACAAAUAAGACUGCCUGUCGGAAUACUAGCAGAUUCUGAGAAACCUCUUCCACCUCAACCCCUCGGGUCGAUGUUGACAACUUGAAGUCUACAUCGAUGCACAUGUACUUUUAAACUACGAUCAGUUUUCAUGCUUUGUAUUGGUUAACGCGAAUGUUUUAAUUUCAUAUACAGGUCCAGGGCAGGACCGAGGAUACAUGCAAAGGGUUUCCGGAACACUACAUUUAUAAAGACUUGCGUAAGCUCAACUGAUG